UUUCGUUCCCGAACUCGAGCCCCUCCCCAUCCGGCCCCCAAACACCUGAGCUUCAAGUUCCGCGCGUGGAUUCCUCCUUGCUACCGAGCCUCUCCCUCCCGAGUCGGGGCUGGAGUUCCUGCUUGAUGGGAGACCCCCGGCAUCACGCGCCCCUAUUCCUAGUGACCUCUCCCGACGGAGAUGGGAGGAAAAACUGUUGAGAUAAUUUCUUCAGGAUCAUCAGUGAGGUCCUCAUAGACAUUAAAUUCAAAGGAUACCAUGAUGACAGGCAUGAAUGGAAAUAACUCUGAAACAACAGCAUUCAAUCAAGUGGCAAUGGACCCUGCAUUUCAGAUGAUAACAGUUACCAAGGCAAUAGGUUUAGGCCUGAAUAUUGUGGGAGGAAUUAACCGGAAUGAAGGGCCCCUGGUAUAUAUUCAGGAAAUAAUUGCUGGAGGAGAUUGCCAUAAGGAUGGGAGGCUAAAGCCAGGGGAUCAGCUCGUCUACAUAAAUAAGGAGUCAUUGAUUGGUGUUUCAUUUGAAGAAGCCAAAAGCAUAAUUACAAGAGCAAAAUUAAGAUCAGAAUCUGCUUGGGAAAUAGGGUUCAUAAGACAAAAGCUUAGCUCAAAUCAGCAAGAAACUACACAACGUUCAUCUCUCUUGUCAUCUACGGAAGGAUGUGAGACUCAGGUUUCAACAUCUUUUAAUGUCCUUUCUCAUCAUGAAAACUUUGAUCAAAAGAUGUCAUCCACUCCCAUUACUGUAGAUACCACCUUAAUGUCUUUAAAAAAAAAUCAGAUAAAAACCGGAUUCAAGAAAAGAGAGCCAUCUCCAAUUACUUCUCCAAACAACAGCCCCACGGAUGUAUCUAAUCCAAAUAUCAACCCCAACUGGCCUAAUGAUACUGGACUACAAGGAGAGAAUAUUUCCUUAGAUCCCUCAAUUCGCCUUAAGAUUGAGAAGCUAGAGAUGGCCCUAAAUUAUCUUGGUAUUCAGCCCACUGAGGAGGAGCACAAGGCCCUGAGGCAACAAGUGCAAAUAGACUCCAAGGGAACUGUGUCUUUUGGAGAUUUUGUCCAGGUUUCCAGAGAACUAUUCCGUUUACAGCUGAAUGAAGUAACCAUCGGGCAAAAAUCCACAAUGCUUAGUGCCCGUGAGAUUUCCCAUUUAUUAGAAUCACAGCUUCUUCCCCAUGAUUCUUCAGAAAUGGAUGAAGUAGAAAAGCUUAAACAUGAAAGAAAUGAUGCUUUAAGAGAAGUCAGCAAACUCAAGGAUAAGCUGCUAGAAUCAGAAAAUCAAAGAAAACAGUUAACUGAAGAGCUCCAGAAUGUGAAACAAGAAGCUAAAGCCGUGGUGGAAGAAACAAGAGCCCUGAGAAGCAGGCUUCAUCUUGCCGAAGCAGCGCAGAGGCAGGCCCAUGGCAUGGAAAUGGACUACGAGGAAGUGAUUCGUCUCUUAGAGGCUGAAAUAAAGGAGCUAAAGGCUCAGCUGGCUGAUCACACUGGCCAGAGCAAAGAAAGUUUUCAAGACUUAAGAAAGAGAAUCACAGUGUUGGACUGCCAACUACGGAAGUCAGAAACAGCUCGGAAAACCUUUGAACUCACAACUGAGAAGUUGUUGAACUUUGUGGAGACAAUCCAAGAAGUUCUUUCUGAUCAUUCUUCUUCCUUGUCAAAUUUCAGUGACCGAAGAUCAAUAUUAGGUUCUCAAACACUAUUCCCACAGCUUGGAAGGAAUGGACGCAAUGUGACAGCAAAUCUGGUCCAGGAAUCCAGGGAGCUUGCUAAAUCUGUCCGUGCCCUUCUGGAUGUGGACCGUUUACCUUAUGGAUGGGAGGAAGCUUACACAGCAGAUGGAAUCAAAUACUUUAUCAAUCAUGUAACACAGACUACAUCAUGGAUUCACCCUGUGACAAGUGCUCUGAACUUGUCCUGUUUGGAGGAGAAUGAAGAAGAUUGCCCCAGAGACCGUCCCAACCAAAAGAGCUGAUGGUGUCUUUUAGAGAAUAGAGCCACAGGAUAGAGCAGCAUUAUUUUCAGAAUAGCUUCAACUGACAUCCAGUAUGCAAUGGGGACAAACUGUAUGCCAUUUGCAGAAGUUGUGAAGUAGGGAACAAUGAAUUUAUCCUGUUUGUUUAAACCAAACAUCCCAUGUAAGUGUUUCCCAUGCACAUUUCCUGUUCAGUUCAUUUCAACACUUUCCUAUAGGAUAAUCGACUGGUAAUAUGCCAAUCAUUUUGAUCUAUUCAGAUUUUUCUAAAUCGCAAGGAAUUUGCAAAACUUAUUUGAACAAUUUUUCCCCCUUUUAGUUGUAAUAACUUUGAAAAUUAUUUGUAUUUAAAUCUUCUACUGAAAAAAAUGUGUGAAUGUUUUCACAUUUUCAUUGGAACAUUAUUUGAUAAUACAUUAAUUCUUUAAAUUUAUUUUUCAUCAUAAUUUUCAGUGCAAGUUGUUUUGUUUGCUCACCAAAAGUGAGGAAGAAUCUGAAAUGCCCAUCUAAAAAUACUGAGGAGUUCACAAAACAUUAUUGCAUAAAGGAAUGCUAUUUAUAGCAGCUAGUUUCAUAUCUAUUUCAUUAUGGCUUCACAUAGUAGUGGGUAUAUAUGAGUCACCCAUCCUCUCUACAUAAUUCUACUCCUUUCUUGAAGCAUCUUUUUCAUUCAUUCAUUCAGCAAGUAUCUGUAGAGUGCCUGUUGUUUUCCCCCCUUUCUUCCAUUUCUCUACCAUGCAGAGGAAAAUUUCAUGAAAUUUUUUCUAGCAGCUGAGGGCAAGGCUUCAAACUAAAAUAGAAUAUUCAGUCAGAAAAGCUCCUAAAAUGGAAGUGGCGUUUCUUGAAUUUGGGGAUGGGAGGCAAGUAGAAAGACAAUUUGUCAGCCAAACAAUUAUGACCUCAUUGCCUACACGAGACUCAGAAUUGGCCUUUUGGGUUUCCAUCAUUCACUUGUGUUUACUGAAAGGCAGCCUGGAAUGGUGGCUAGAAAGUGGGCUCUUAGUCUGAAAGACCUCAGCUUAUGUACCACCUUUGACCCUACUCACUCUGUGACUCUUAACCUCUCAGUGCCCCUCAAGCAAUUUUCUAAGACUUGAAGCUACAGAGAAGUUGCCCUUUGCUUUAGGAGAAUAAGUUCCUUACCAGAAGUUUGUUUCACUGAUAAAAUCAUAGUUCUGGGGGGUUUUUAAGUGCCUAAUACUUACAACUAUUCAUUAGACUUUUAUUUUAUAUAACAAUGACUCCUAGAAUAACUCUAAAAGUAAUGGGCUGCUGACCCUAAGCUUCAAACCAUUCCUUCCACAUACACUAGGAUAAAAGGGAACAACAUGCACACUCACACAAGGCCAGAUGAAAAAGGCAGUGAAUACUUAGAUGCUUUAACCUGCUUUGUUUUAAAAUCAGCUUCAUUGUGAUAUGGAACUCUUAAUCCAUGAGGUUUAAAAGGAAUUUGGGUAUACAAUGCCAUAAAGCCUAGUUUCUAGACUGACUUCCAUCAGCCAGAAAUCUCUUUUAAAUUUGCAGUGCAGUAAGAUGAUAAUUGGUGAUCAUAAUUAAGUCUCUGAAGUGCUGCAAGAUUCCAAGUGUAUUCCCCAACAGGUCAGUCAGCAAGUAUUUAUUAGCACCUACUGCAUUCUAGGUAACUGUAUUAUGCCCUGAGAAUACAAAAAAAAAA